AUGGCGACAGGACGUGUCAAUGAGAGCUCCGCCAAUCUGAGCCAAAAUCUAGCUGAAUCUUUACUAGAUUUUGUAAACGAUGACUCUUCUAGCAUUUGGGAAACUACUAACACAAAACAAACAGAACCUAUUCUGCUAGAAAAUAGUAAAGAUCGUUGUUCUGACAACAACAGCGAUUUUGAAGUCGAACACAGUUUAAUUCAAUGUAAUGGCUCACGACUCCUAGAACAUUUACAACUAAAUGGUAGUCGAUUACUAUGGAAAGGAAGCCUAGAAAUGCUUAAGAACCUUAUGAGUGAGCUGUUACAUGAACAGGGCAAGUGGUCUUCGCUUGGAGGUGGAGCGAAGCGAUUUAAGAGUGUCGAAGGCCGUUUCGAAAUGGUACGGUGCGAGGCAACAGUCUCUUACAUGGUACGGUGCGAGGCAACAGUCUCUUACAUUUAGUGGAGAAGACGGACAGGUAAUGAAAGAUACACUAAUAGCCUUGAUUGAUAGGGAACUAUCUAAAAAGACAAAAAGUCAAAAGGAUAUCCUACGGGUUGAAUUGAAUAGAAACUCCGAAGGCGAAGCUUCGGCAACGCAUAUUAAUGAAGGUGAUAGUUUCGGUUCAUUGAGUAGCGUAGUUAAUGCCUUGAAAGCAAAGAUGAAUAGAUUUAGUUUCAAAUCAGUAUGCCCCACUCACGAUUGAUGAACCAGAAAAUGACGAAGUUAUUGAAUAUUUACCGGCUGCGAGGUCUGGAUGAUAAACACUGUACCCGAGGUCUUGAAAGACCGAGUGUUACGCCCUCUCAGUCGUUUAUCUUGGGUGGCUAUGCUUGUUAGUCGUCCGCUUUUAGGAAC